CGGUUUGUGUCUCUCUCUCUCUCAAUUGUGUACGUCCAACUGACCCACACAGAUUAAGGAAUGACACACCGGAGCUUUUAUCUGCUGUCCUGGGCUUGAGAAGAGCGGUGAAUGAUGUUGUUUUACCCGAGUCGGAGCGCACGGCGAGCCCGGGCCUCCCUCCUCUUACCCGGGGUCUUGAUCUGCGUAAUCUUUGCCACCGUCUGUGCGAGUAAGCCGGCAAACAAGUGCCCAGAUCACAUAGACUGUGCCAUAAUGAGGCGGCACUUCUGUGUGCCUGGCUCCUCCCACUGUGGCUCCUGCCUCACCCCAUUUGAGGAAGAUAAAGAUGGACAUUGUGUUGUUCCCAGGAGUAACAAUUACGGCACAAUUCCCUUUCAUCCUAGUAUUGAUGAAGAAAUCGACCAUCUGUCUGUCAUUGGCAAGCAGCAAAUCCCAGAAGUCAAGCAGCCAGUCUCUCACUCACAGUCUCCUCCACAAUCCAAUUCAGAAUCGAAGCAGAAGAGUCUGCAUAAACCCACAACUGUAGAGCCAACAACCGGCAGCCCGUCGACACCUCAACACCCAACCCCUAAAUCUCCCCAGCCAAACACAAACUCGUCCAACCGCCAUGGGCCGAUGAUUUACCCCCACCCUUCCAGAGACAGCCUGCUUGUCUUGACGAUAUCUUUAUGCAUUGUUGUGGGGGCCGUGGGACUCUUUGUUGCUGCCUUCUGCUGGGUCAGGGUUCAGAGAGAAUCUCAUCUGGCUCAGAAGGUCGAUUACCCUGCGUUUCAUGCAGCGGGCUCUGACAAUAACCAUACUUCUUCUGGGGAUAAAACACUGGCUCACAGUGCUCAGAUGUAUCACUACCAGCAUCAGAAACAACAGAUGCUCUCUAUGGAGAAACAUAAAGCAGAACCUAAAGUGUCGGAGUCCGGGGCCACGUCAGACGAGGAGAAUGAAGAGGGAGAUUUCACUGUGUAUGAGUGCCCUGGACUAGCACCGACUGGAGAGAUGGAGGUGAAAAACCCACUGUUUGACGACUCCACCUUACACUCUCAGAGAAAUCAUAAGUGACCUGGACACACACACACACACACACACAACCCUGUAUAUUUUAACAAUAGGCUUAACACGCCUAAAAGCACUCUGCGAUUGGGUGAAGUUGCACCACACACAAAUGAUGACAUCCAACCACACAUGGAAAGAAAUAAACUAUGACUCUGUUUUUCCUGGAACGUCCCAGCCCCCCUCAGAACAAAGUCAAAAAAUACUCAAACUUUAAAGAUGCCGAAGAAGGGAUGAUAUGUAGAUGAAUGAUGAAUGGUGAAUAAAGUAAAAGGGAGCAGUUGUUAAGACGUUUUUCUUGUACUCAAAUGCACAUAUUGAAUCUGAAAGAACUCUUUCCCCGCAAAAUCUCAUUGGAAACGCAAAGCGGCUGUUUAAUAUCUUCACGUCACAUCUUUAUUCUUCAAGUCUGGGGUUUGUUUUCUCUCGCUACCUUUUUAUGUCUCCUCUCUUUUAAAAUCAUUCCUCUUUAGGGUCAUGCUAGGAAGCUUUAUAAGCAUCUCUUAUCAUUGUGUAGAAGUACACAGUGGUGUUAUUUGUCUCUCCAUAUCUGAAAAUUGUUUUCUUGUUGUCAACAUUUAAUUGUCUGUAUCAGUGCUGAUUUAAAACAACAUAAUAUAUUCUUUCUUUUUUUAUUAAAUUAAGAAUAGUUUUUGUCACUUUAGUCAUUUUUCCACUGUAUGUUUCUUCAAUGAAGUAUGAAGCCGCUCUUAUAUUAUAUAGUUGUUUGUUUUCUUUGUAAAAAUCAAAUCCAUAAUGACCGUGUCUGGGAAUUACAUAUUAGUCAGACUGAAACGGAGUUGCUGAGGUUCCUGUGCUCAAGACACUUUAGUAUAAAUACAUAAACUUAAAUGUAUUAUAUUGUAUUUCUUUGAAGCUUAUGGGUAAUAAUGACUGACAUGACAAUCACAAUUUAAUAAUUACACAAUAAUACAUUUAAUUAUUCAUUUAGUUGACUUUUUGUUUUGUAUGGUUUAUUAAAGCUUCUCAUCCAACUUUAAUGUAUUAUGUCAUUAAAGUUUAAUACAGUAAAUACAAUCAUAUUUGUGUACUAAA